CCGAGUUGUUUUUAUUGUUGCAAUAAUCCUCCUGCUAUUGCUUUUAUCAAAUUAAACGCGUUAUAUAUAUUUUUAAAGAUGCUUUCAAGGUUGUCCUCAUGCAGAAUGAGUUUAGGUUUCUAUCGGUGGAGGUCGCCAGCUGUACUUUGGUGGGGAUGAUCCUCACUACUUUCAAGUGCGCCGUCGAUGGGUUUGACUAGAGGCACACAGACGCCCACCUAUCCGCUCUCUCCGACUCAAUUUCCACCGAGCGCUGCAAAAUGGCGGCCGCUCCAUCCAUCCAGCCGCCGUGCGUACACGCGACAAAGCGGGAAAAUUCACCUCACCCGGAGUCCGACAGCCCCGCGAGCCGACAGGAUGAGGACGCAGCAUCCGAGGGGAUCGCCAUCCUCAGAGAUCUACCGGAACUGGAUCCGGAGGAGAUCGAAAGACGACUGCAGAAAACUCGCAGAGAGCUGAGCAACAGGAGGAAGAUCCUUAUUAAGAACCUGCCACAGGACACCACUAACCAGGAGGUCCAUGACAUUCUACGCGAGUACGAGCUCAAAUACUGUUUCGUGGACCGGAACAAAGGAACAGCCUUCGUAACCCUUCUAAAUGGUGACCAGGCACAGGAUGCCAUCCGAAAUCUGCACCAGACAUCAGUCCGCGGCCGUGACAUCACCGUCCAGCUACAGCCCACGGAUUCUCUCCUGUGUGUCACCAACCUACCCUACACACUCACCGCCGCCCAGUUUCAGGAGCUGGUGCGUACCUAUGGCAACAUCGAGCGCUGUUUCCUGGUUUACAGUGACCUUACGGGACACUCUAAAGGCUACGGCUUCGUGGAGUACAUGAAGAAGGAUUCGGCCUCCAGGGCACGGUCAGAACUCCUGGGGAAGCCGUUGGGUGACCGGGCGCUUAUGGUGCAAUGGGCUGAUGUCAACCAGCUGACCUCUACUGACCACCUCCAUUCCAAGUGCCUGUGCGUUGAUCGCCUGCCUAUAGACUUCGAAGACUCAGAGGAGCUGGCUCACAUUUUUUCAGAACACUACAAACCUGUCUUCUGCCAGCUGGCUCAAGAUGAGGGGAGUCCAGUACGGGGUUUCGGUGUCGUUGAGUAUGAGAGGGCGGAGCAGGCCGAAGCCGUUCUGCUGGAGAUGGACAGGCAGCUGAUCCAGGGUCAGGAGAUACGGCUGUGUCUCUGUCCUCCAGGGACCUCUGGGCGCAGUACGCUUGCUGCUCUCAUCGCUGCUCAGGGCGUGAUGUUGAGCAAUAAGAAAGGUUUGCUGCCUGAACCCAAUCUGGCCCAGUUCCUUAAUAGUAUGACCAAUCCUGCUGCUCUCCAAGUCCUUAUGAGACCCUACCCUACCGGCAAACGUGGAGGAAAGUUUGGCCGACCUCACAAUCUCCCGUUCCUGCGUCCACCGCUCACUGCAGCUCUGCUUCAAUUAGGAAAAGCACAGCAGAGUGCCAUUCUAGGUAAUGGUCUUGUUCUCCAGAAUCUUCUCCACAUGCAGAUGGCCCAACAGCAGCUCUUACAGAUCAAAGACAAGCACGUUUCUAAUGUCCCUGGUCUGUUGGGCGAUCCCUCCCGGCUGCUCCUGCAGAAAGUUCUGGGUCUUCGAGCUCCUGCACAGGUUCCUCUGGGGAAGGGGUUGCUGGGAGAUUCCCCCACAGAGUUGGGUCAGGACUCUUCUCCAGUCACAUCCCAGGGGGGGAGCCUAGGGGCUGGAAUAUCUGGUCGCUCGCAUGGAAAUUCCACUGCUGAGCAGAACGGAGUCACGACAGCACCCAUUGCACUGGAAAAACAGCCCACACCUCCAGGAACAACAGGGGGAUCUGUAAGCGCCCAAAGCCAGAUGCAAAACUUCCUCCCUGGAAUGAACACAGCGAGUCUGGGUCCAUUGCUGGGAAACACGACGCACAAACCUCUAGCCAACCAUCACAGCACCGGUUUACAGACUAGCUCUUGUGUUACAACUCAAUCGAAUUGUCAGACAUCUCUAUUAGGAGACCCUCCUAAAGAAGUCAAGUUGCCUUCCAACCCCUAUCUAAACCUGGCUAGUGUGUUUCCCGGAGUGGUAUUACAAGCACCCUGCAACAGUAAACCUCAGACCGUUCAGACUCACAGUGGCACGUACAGCUCGGUCCUGCCCCCUGCCACUCAAUAUAGUGCAGAGACCACACCUGCUGAAUACACUCAACAAUACGCUCAGCAAUAUACACAGGAAGCAAUGCAGCAGUGGUACCAACACUACCAAGCACAGAGCUAUGGCAACACAAGCCAAGAGACCACUGCAGUUCCAGAAUGCCCAAAAGAGCAACCUCAGGUGGUGGUCUCCUCCUCAUACGGAGACUACAGUUCCUACAUGCAUGCUGUCAGUCAGUACUAUUCUCAGACACAGAUGAGCCAGACAGCUGCUCAAGUCUACCAACCCCGAGAUGUCAGCAAGGAGGUGGAGGUGAAGACGCCCCUCAGUGCUCCUCUGAAUGGCAGUGCCCAGCCUCUUCUGCCUGCUUACAGCGCUCUUCCCAUCAUGCCAGGCUUCAUCACAACCACACACACGCCCAGUCCUGCUACACACGCUACGCCCGCAGCUACAGACUGGAAUCAGUAUUACUAUAAUCAAGCUCGAGGACAAAAGCGAGAAUACCCCACACUGCCAACACAGGAAGUGACAUCAGAGGGGCCGUAUGUAGGCCAACACUCACAGGGUCUUGGGGGCCAGUAUGCCGAUUUCUUCAAAAAGAAGAGGAUCUAACCCACACACACGCACACACACACACACGCACACAUGUCUAUGUGCUGUUGCUGUUGUCAUGUCCAAGCCUUAACUCUUAGUCACCUAUAGCUGAUAUUUAUGAUGAGGUUGUACAUUUUGUGUGUUAGGAGGUCUCCUCUUCUUUAACAUUUCUGUGGUACUGUUUUGAUCUCUGUAUAAACCAGGCAGAACGGUAUGACGCUUUACAGUUACUGAUAUUUCUCUUUCUCUGUUCUACAUUUCCACCUCUCUCCCAGGCGAUAGGGUACCAUUCCACUCCAGCGAGAGAGAGAGGCGGCCGUUCAGUGUCCGAGUUUUACUGUAAAUGGUUAAGGGCUGAUAAAAGAUAGAGCUACACUCAGAGGAAUAACAUUAUCUUUUCUUUUUUCUCGAACAGGGUAGGGCAUAGCUGAUGUAUAUUCUAUAUUCUGCGAAACGAGUGUAUUUUUUACAGUGUACAGAUAUUACGAAUAUAUUAUUAUUAUUAUUAAUAUUACGUCUCGCUUUACGUGUCAUACAUGUGUACUUGUUUAUUGAUGCCCAGAUCAGCUUUCCUGAAGUGAAUACGUCAGGCGCUGUUCGUAUCUCGUUUCUGUACACACUGCUGUAUCUGUUGGAAAGAUCAGCCAUUCUGAAUACUGCAGUAGCCUUAAAACAACAGACAUGGCUAGGGCAAUAAUCGCUUAUCUUCUCUGGAGAAACUACAAUGUACUUACAAACAAUACAAGGUCGCUUCCUUCCAGUAAGGGUGGAUUGACCUCCCUAUAACUUGUAACGCUACAAUGCUGCCCGAUUUCUGUCUAAUAACUGUAAGAGUAAUAAUACAUAGUUACAGUAGUAGUAAUGAAGUGUUGGAAGGAUAUGUGUGAUGUGACGGAGGUUAGGUUAUGUAUGGGUGCCAGCGCUCUGUGGUUUUACCUCUUGGUAAAUCUGUAAAUCUGUUUUUGGUGCCAUUAGCUUUAAUGAGUAUCUUUGUUUUUCAAAUAAUGAUAUUAUCAAACAAAUCUUUUAAAUAAGCUAAACAUAAAUAAUACAGUUGCUCAAGGCCUGCGAGUUUAAUCUUGUCCUGUUGGCUAAUUUUUUGCAUUUUUUUUUUCUCUUUUAAUAGAGGUAUUUGCUUUAAAGAAGUGACACGAAUCUGCCGAUAAAACACAUUCAAACUUUUUUUAUUGUUUUUACUGGAAAACAAGACUCUUAUUAAGCAUUGGAUAUUUUGCAGUGUGCUUUAUUGGUUACCGGUUAGAUGUGGUCUUGAAUUGUCUUAAAAGGAGAUGUUUGGUUUGUCACCACACGGCACACACACAGGCCUGGCACAUUCAUGUUUGAUUGAGGCUACGUGCCUUGUUUUUCUACUCUUUUGAAGCGAUCGUCUUUAGUUCUGCUUUCUCUGAAAGCCAUUCUCUCACCUAGACAAUAGAUUUGAGGAGCCUGUUAUUGUGUCCUAGUUAUUUUGCUUUAUUGCGUUAUCGACUACUAUAAAGACAAUCCCAAAAUCAUAGCCGUACCCGAGGCUCCGAGACCCACUUUGUGCACCUAAACACCUAAAGGCCUUUUUUGAGGGAACGCUACAAACGACAAGAAUAGACAUACUUAAAGGAAUCGUUUACCUUCAAAAUGAAAAUUCUGUCUUCAUUUACUUGCCCUGUUGUCAUUUUAAACCUCUUUGAUUUUCUUUCUUCUGCAAAACACAAAAGAUGAUCUUUUUUUAAAUGUUGGUCUAUUGUGGUCAAUGGGGACCAAUGGUUUUCUGGUUCCAACGUUUUUCAAAAUAUCUUAUCUUUUCUGCAGAAGAUGGAAAUUCCUACAGGUUUGAAAUGACACGAGGGCGUGUAAAUAAUCACAGAAUUUUCACUUUAAAGGUGAACUAUUCCUUUAAAUCAGCUUUUGGUUAAUGUACCUUUUGCAUUUAAGCUGUGUUAGUUUUUAGAACCUCAGAAAUAUUAUUUUUGUUUCAGAACUACAGGGAUUAUUUAAGCACAUAGUUACGGUCAUCUUCCUACAAGACCUUUCCUUCCAUCUUCCCUCUCCUGUAAUAAUCUCAAAUGUUCUUCAAAUGAAGGCAAGUUUUUCCUAAAUGAAGGCAAAUCUCUGGAAAGAUGGAGGAUGGGAAUUUGUGCAUACUCUUAUGACCGCUAGUAUUCCUCCCAUGUAUUUUAAAUCGAGACUGUGCAUCGUUCCCAUUUCGCACAGCCAGGUCAGCGGACCUCAGUAUCAGAACGUUCCAUCUCUGAAUGUUAUGAACGCGUAUGUGUGCUUGUAUCUCAAUCUUUGCAAUACUGAAGUGUGUCUUGAUGUAGAUGGUACAGGCACCUGUUCAAACAUGCAGUGGGAUUAACACUUGUGCUUUGUACACAUAUCGCAGCCUGAUUUUAGUUUACAAGGUUGUAGUUUUUUCACCUUGAAUUAACAUUUUGCAAUAUUUUAUAUCCAGACUCUGUUGAUAUCGCUUUACUGUGAAUAAGCUAUUUUUAGGAAGUGGAAUUUAAGCAUGCAAAUAGUUCUGCAAUACAACGAAAAAAUCAGUUUUUUUCAGUAGAUGUGUCAGCACUUGCUGCUUUUGAGUAUUUAUUCAACAACAACAAAAAAAGAUUGUAAUUGUAUUUAUUUUGUGUAUUUAUGUACAUUUUUCCUGUUCGAUGCUAUUUUGUUGUUAUUCUUUUUUGAGGAAAUGGUGUGGGGGUUUAAUUUUGAGCAGAUGGAUUUGUUUUGCAUUCCACAUUAAAGGACAGAAGAAUUACACCUGUUAAAUUUCAUUGUUUGUUUCUCCAUUUUUAUUUUUAAAUCCAUCAAGACACAUGUAGAAGUGGAUUCGAAAACAGCACGUUUCUAGUGAUAAACCUUAAUCUAGAAGACGAAUUGUGUUCUGUUCAUAAACCGUGUAUGAGGAUUUACUAUAAUCAGAUGGGAAUUAGCACGU